AUGGCACCCGACGGAACACCUUUUGUGUCCCUACUCGAGCCCCCAAGCCUCGACACUUUCAUUCGCGGCAAGCCACACAAUGAGCAACCAGACUCCGUUCCCCAGUUGUUCCGCGACGCUAUGGAGGUCCGCGAGAAAGUCUUUGUGAAGGAGCAGGGCGUACCCCUCGAGAACGAGGUUGACGCCGACGACAACCGUUCCUUCCACUGGGUCACUUACGCCUCGAUCAACAAAAAAAUCCAGGACGAGGUUCUGGACGCCGAUGGCAACAUCCUCGAGCCUCAACGCAGCAGCACCCGCAGCACACCCAUCGGCACCAUCCGAGUGGUGCCCUUCCCCCAUGACCCGCACCCCCGAAAUGGCGGUGUCUACUGGGACGGCAAACUCGUGGAAGAGAAGGUCGAUGGCGACGUGGUCAAGUCAGCCGAGGAGCAGAAGAGCCCCGUCAAGGCAGACGGCGUGGCAGGUGCGGCCGAGCAUGUGGGCGACGAGAGGAGGUCGUCCAUGCCGAAGCCGUACGCAGGGCCGGAUCGUGCGACGGACAUGCAUGACGGGAUCGAGCCGUACGUCAAGCUAGGCCGGCUCGCCGUCGACAAGGAACUCAGAGGACACCGCGUUGCGAACCUGCUGGUCACAACGGCCCUGGCCUGGCUUAAGAGUAACCCGCGCCGCUUCGAUCCUAGCAUCAAGGAGAUGGGGAUCGACGGGAUUGGAGCUUCGACGCUGGACGAGCUGCCCAAGUGGAAGGGUCUCGUGUGCGUGCAUGCGCAGGCGCAAGUUGUGAGGCUGUGGGAGAAGAUGGGGUUUAAGGUUGACGAGGCAAUGGGCACCUGGACAGAAGAAGGCAUUGAGCACAAGGGGAUGUUCAAGCGGUUGGAGGUUGACAGGGAGCCUUCUGUUGUUCCUUCGACACUUCCAUCGACUCUGAUAUGA